AUGGGAAGCGGAGAAGAAGUGUCACAAGAAAGAACUGAAAAUUCAAUUCAAGUUUCUAUGACAAAAAAGCCAACUUUCUAUGCAAGAAUAGGAAAAAGAAUGUUUACAGGAAAUGAAGAAAAAAAUCCAUUUGAUGAAGUUAUCAUAACAGGUUUAGGUAGUGCAACUAAAAUUGCUAUUGGUGCUGCUUCAAUUAUGGAAAAGGAAGAUAUAGGUUGUAUUUAUCAUUCCAUGAUCUGUAAUUGUACUAAAAGAAAAAUAAAACGAUAA